GACAUCUUUGGUGACUCUUCGUAAACCAUCACAUGACCCCAACAAUACUUCUCCCUCGAUCACAAUGGUCGGUAUUCAAGGCAGAGAUAAUAGUCAGCCUUACAUGUCUAUCAAUCAGCUACUAUGUUCCCAGACCUGCAAAUCCGUUGAACUAGAACGAGCAGUCGAUCGAAAGGUGCAGACGCACUAUAUUUAUACGCAUUUUCCACGUGGCAUUUCAAUGAGGAUCUGUGCCAAAUGUCAUACAAGUAAAAGUCCAGAGUGGCGUAGAGGGCCUUCAGGCGACAAAACACUAUGUAAUGCCUGUGGUUUACGAUUUUCACGUUUGAUAGCCAAGCAGCGACGCAUGUCGUCCAUUCAACGCCACUAACAAGCCCUUUUUGGUUUCCGCUACUUCAUUGCUGAUAUGCGACAUCAUCAUACUAUUUUUCAUUCUUCCCUGUGCACUUAUUUUAUGCCGCCUUAAACUAUAUAUGCUUGUUUAUUUCUUUUUGCAUCUUUUAUUUUCAAUAAGCUAACUGGAGAAUCAGCGUUCCUUUUUG